AUGAAUGAUGAAACACCGGACACAGAUCUAAUGAAAGAAUUAAUAGACAAAUUAGAGACUGCAAUGGAUGGCGCCACGGAGGCAAUAGGAGAAAAUGAAACGACAAGCAAUCAGUCAGAUGCAGGUGAAGACACAAGCGAGAAAAAGCAACUAGAUUUAGACUUAAAGCGCCAGAAGAAAAGAGUCGCGAUAGACUGGGAUGAUGAACUCCCUGAAGAAUUGUCUGAGGAAAUAAAAAGGUGGUUUUCAGAACUAGAACAGUUGAAUGGACUACAAGUGCCAAGAUGUCUCGAUAUAAGGAUAGAUAGUACACUACACACCUUUGUCGACGCGUCAACUAAGGCAUAUGAGGCAGUUGUAUAUUCUGUAAACAGUGGAGAUAACGGACAGACUGUGAAUUUGAUAGCCUCGAAAAGCAGGGUCGCUCCUUUGAAAUCCAUAAGUAUUCCUAGACUUGAAUUAUUAGCUGCUAUCCUUGGACUACAGUUGACACAGGCAAUAUGUAAUGUGUUGGACAUGCCAGUUGAAAAUGUGGUAUUCUGGUCGGAAAGUAUUAAUGUGCUUUACUUGAUUCAUGGAGCAAGUAGACAGUAUAAAACGUUUGAAGCAAAUCGCGUACGGUCAAUUCAUGAAAUAACAUCUCCAAAUCAGUGGCGUCACGUACCAACAGUAAAUAAUCCAGCAGAUUUGACAUCGCGAGGAAGUUUGAUUCUAGAAUUUUCAGAUUGUUCGUUUUGGUGGCACGGACCAGAAUUCCUAAAAUAUACAGAGGAACACUGGCCGGAAAAUAAGUUUGAAAUGACUGAAGAAGUGAAAGUUGAAAUGAAACGAAAAUCUGAAACUGACAAGAAAUACAAUUUUGUAAUUACUAUGAAAGAAGAGGAUAGGUUUAAUCCUACUAACUAUUCAGACUGGAAUCAUUUAGUUAGAAUUGGUGCAUGGAUCAAUAGAUUCAUAGACAAUUGUCAAAUGUCAAAGAGAGAUAGAAGGUUGUCAAAAGAACUGUGUUUAAGUGAAAUCGGAGAGGCAGAGAAAAGACUUAUAAGAAUAGCUCAAAUUGAAUGUUUUGAAGAAGAAUAUACGUGCAUUUCGAAAGGUACAGCUAUUCCUAUUAGCAGCAAAUUGGCUCCGCUGAAUCCCAUAUUAGAUACAAAUGGUCUACUGCGUUGUAAUUGUAGGCUAAAAUACGCGGAUUACAUUUCAUAUGACGUUAGAUACCUGAUUAUUCUGCCAAGAAAACAUAAUAUCACAAAACUUAUAGUGAAACAGAACCAUGAGCUCUUUAAUCACGGCGGUACAAACCAAACAUUGUCAUCAUUAUCAAGCAGAUUCUGGAUUAUAUCGGCACGCGAAGAAAUUCGACAGUGGGAGAAGAUUUGUGCUGAAUGUAGACGCCGUAAAGCAAAGGCAAGCAAGCAAAUAAUGGCACCACUACCUGUUGAACGUUUAAGUCAUUCAGUCAGGGCGUUUGCAAACACAGGCGUGGACUACGCGGGUCCAUUCAUUACUAAGCAAGGUUGUGGGAAAUUCGGCUCAAACAGUAUCUUUGUGUGUUCACAUGUUUAG